AUGCGCCGUCAACUGUAUGCCCCGACUUUUGGUAACGAUCCGGUCCACGAACUGCUCGCGUGCCCUGUCUACACUGCACCUUCGCCCUGUUUGCGGAUUCGGUACUUUCCUUCGUCGCCCACUGACAGCUUAAAACAGACCUGUCCGCCGCCGUCGAUGUUUAUGGGGAGUGGGUUGAUGCUGCCGGUGAGUCCACCUCGUAUGCCCCGUGUGUUUUCGACAAAUUCCACAACUUCAGACACGAUGACUGAUGAUGCGUUAUAA